AUGGUCGGAUUUUCUCAGAGCAAAUUUUACGAUUUCGAACUCACGCGUCUUCUGGGUAGCGCUCCGUUUGGCGGCUGCGAUGUGGCGGAAUUCAUCGAGGCCAUAGGCAAGAUCAAGAAGCACGAUCCAGAAAGCUGGUAUCGUGCCUGGCACGAACAAGGCGAGCGUGUCUCGGCUCUCGCUCGCGAAGCUGUGACCCAAGGUCACUUUUUUUCAGCGCGAAGAGCCUAUCUACGAUCCUCUAAUUACUUCCGCGCGUGCUCCUAUUUACUGCCCAGCUCCGAUACCCGGGUUUUGGAGAGCGCAGGAAGAUCCAUCGAGCUUUUUCGAGAAGCGAUCACGUAUAUGGAUGAAAAGGUCAUAGUACUGCAGAUUCCGUUGGAGGCCGGAACCUUACUACCCGGAUAUCUCUAUCUCCCAACGCCAGACAAGCGUCUAAAGGGGGCGGGGGCGAAGACCCCCGUCUUGAUCAAUUGCGGAGGGGCCGAUGCCACGCAGGAGGAGUUGUAUUAUUUAUAUGUGGUAAACGGGGUGGAGUUGGGGUACGCGGUACUGACCUUCGAGGGCCCCGGCCAAGGGAUGGUGUUGAGAAAGGAUCGGAUCCCCAUGAGACCCGACUACGAAAUCGUCACAGAGAAAGUCUUGGACCACGUGGUUGAUAUCGCAAUGACAUAUCCGGAGCUGGGUUUGGAUCUAGACCGCAUUGCGGUGGCCGGUGCCUCGAUGGGGGCAUACUAUUCCCUCCGAGCGUCGAUCGACCCCCGGGUGAAGGCGUGUGUGGCCGUGGACCCGUUCCAUAGUCUUUGGACUCUGGCACUGACGCGCAUGCCCAAGUUCUAUGCGCAUCUGUGGCAAACUGGAUGGAUCCCGGAGUCGGUGUUCAACCUCUCUGUUCGCGUGCAACUGGCCAUGGACUUCCCUAGUCGCUGGGAGUUUGGUCUGGGAAGCUGGAUGAUGGGCACCUCUACCCCAGGGGAGACUCUUCGACGGUUCCAGGAGUUCUCUCUGGACAUCGCCAAAGGAGGGAAGAUAUUGGAUAAUGUGCGAUGCCCGGUCUUUCUCACUGGGGCAGGACAGACAAUCUAUGCCGCAGCAGACAUGAGUACCAUCUACAUCUAUGAUGCCCUGAAAAAGGUCCCGGAAGAUCAGAAGGAGGUCUGGAUCCCUGAUAAAGUGGGCGACGGCGGGUUGACGGCAAAAGUUGGGGCCUGGGGGCUACUGGCACAGAAAAGUUAUGAAUUUCUCGAUAAACACCUAGAUCUUGAGAAGCGGCGUAGACCUUGA